CAGCCAGGCGGCCAGUGUGCAUCCCGGGACGCAACAUCAGUGUAGCUGGGGCUCAACUUUCAGCUGAUCGAUUCACUUCGGACACUUUGGGGGAAAUAACAACAAUGGGCUGCUUUGAGUGCUGCAUCAAAUGUCUGGGCGGGGUGCCGUAUGCGUCGCUCGUGGCCACGAUCCUCUGCUUCUCUGGCGUCGCCCUGUUCUGUGGAUGUGGCCAUGUGGCUCUCACUGGCACCAUGACCAUCUUGGAAACCUACUUCUCCCAGGUCACCAGUGAUCACGCCAUGCUGACGGAUGUAAUACAGCUGAUGCAGUAUGUCAUCUAUGGCAUUGCUUCGUUUUUCUUCCUGUACGGGAUCAUCCUGCUUGCUGAGGGCUUCUACACAACCAGCGCAGUUAAGGAACUGCACAGCGAGUUCAAGACCACCAUCUGUGGACGCUGCAUCAGUGGAAUGUUUGUGUUCCUCACAUACAUUCUGGGUGUGGCCUGGCUCGGUGUGUUCGGCUUCUCCGCCGUGCCGGUUUUCCUCUUCUACAACAUGUGGUCUACCUGCGCCACCAUGAGUUCUACCGCGGCCAACCUCACCAACAUCGACUCCAUCUGUGUGGAUGUUCGUCAGUACGGAAUCAUCCCAUGGAACGCCACACCUGGCAAGGUCUGCGGCUCGACGCUCGGUGACAUCUGUAACACCAGUGAGUUCUACCUGUCUUAUCACCUAUACAUCAUAGCCUGCGCCGGGGCAGGGGCCACUGUGAUCGCUCUGCUGAUCUACAUGAUGGCUACCACUUAUAACUUUGCCGUUUUGAAGUUUAAAAGUCGAGAAGACUGCUGCACUAAGUUUUAAACUGUUUUAAGAGCACAGGAGUACAUUUGCUGUACUCUAUAGAGGCGGUUGCCACUGACAAAAAAAUUUAACUAAAAAAAACAACCAGAAAAUAGGAAAACCAACAUCUCUCCAUUAGUAAUCACACACGUGUAAAUAGUUUGCUUCCUUUAGUAUUUGGUACCCAGGAAAGUUGUCUUCAGAUUUUUUUCUGCUUUCUUUCGCAUCACUGUUUUUUAUAGAAAUCCACAACAAGUUUUUCUUUUAUAUAUUUGUAAUGCUUGAAGCUGAUUUUAAACCUGCAGAAAACCUUAAAGUAUUGAGCUUGCAGAAUUAAUUAUGUAAGUUGGUACCUUUAGAAAUGAUCCAAGAUGGAUAUGAGACCAUAAAUACCGCACAAAGCACAUAUAGAUGAACAGAAUACAGCUCUGAAAUUAGUUUGUAAGGAAAUCUGAUGACAAAUUAAAAGUGUUCUCAGGCUUUGUUUUUGAAUGCCAGAUUAUCCUCUUUGGUGAGGAUGCAUUCUAGUGUUGCAUCUGUCAAAGGACCCGUUACACAGUGCCUUGUCCUGAUACUCUUCGGGUUUCUUUCCUUAGCCUUACAAUGUUGGCACUGACCCCUGAAACCAUGAAGUGUUACACAGAACAUAUUCAGUAUUAUUUCGUUUGUCACAAAUUAGAUUCUAAACUGAACUAAAACCCGUUCAUCAACUGUAUUCUGCUGAUGAAUAUUAUGGCGAUCAGUUGUGUUUAUUGUAGAUUUCAAAGUAACUGCACAUACCUAGCAGAGCACACUAUGAAGGGUUAGGCCAGUACUAGGGGGUUUACGUCUGCAUGAGGCCCUAAGCCUCACUUUAAUUUCAUGUAUUUUCGAAAUAAAUAAGACAUUAUCCUAUUUUAGAGUAGAGUUCAUGUUUUGUUUCUUUCUUUGAGGGCUGACGCUGGAAUAGCCUCAGCUAUAAAGUUGAUGUUUUGUUUCCUACAUUUUUCUUUUCUUCCUCAAAGUUCCAUUUAAGAGCCGUUUGUUUUGAUCUUAACACUGAGCCUGCAUGCUUAUUUUUCAGAUUCUUUGAUCUGUUUAGAGUUACUUAUACUCCAUAUUUCAUAUAUUUAAUUUUCUCCUAAGUUUUUUUUUGAAGACUGUAGCUUUUACUUUCUAUAUAAAAUAAACAAUCUAUGUUUACAAAAGUA